AGAGAGAGAGAGAGAGAGAGAGAGAGUGAAAACCCAUUUCCUUCUACUUUCAGUUUCACUUUCGUGUACACAACAGACUCACUCUCUCUCACACACACAGAGACCCCUCUCCAUUUGUCUGUGUUCUAAAGCUUCAACUCCCAUCAAUAAGAGUCCUUUGAAUUUCAAGCCGUGUUCAUUUGGUUUCCUUUUCUCUGUCUCUCAGUUUUUUUUCUCAAUGUGCUUCCACUGGGUUAUUGAAAGUGGCUCAGCAAUUUGAUUGAAGCAAACCCAGAAGCCUAAUAUCUUGUUUUGUUGAUCGGAGUCUAUAUAGUGGUUUAAAUAUGAAUGGGAAUGGACAAAUGGAGGUGCAUUACAUAAACACUGGCUUUCCUUACACGAUUACUGAAAGUUUUAUGAACUUCUUUGACGACCUUACACAUGUACCGGUAAAUUACGGUCAUGCUGUACCAAUGCAUGAUCAGGAAAGUGCAUACUGGUCAAUGAAUAUGAACGCAUACAAAUUUGGAUUUUCUGGUCUGGGGAGUUCUUCGUAUUGUGGUCCUUAUGAGGUAAAUGAUCAUUUAGCAAGAACGGAGGUCAGCAGGAGUGGCUGGGAAUACCCUUCAACAAUGGAUGAAGAGCCUUCAACAACAGACUCACACUCACACUCACACUUACACUCACAGUCAGAAGGAGAUGCAGUCAUGGGUGUGCAUGCUAUCCCUGAAGAAUGCAGUCCAACUCAUCCUAAUAGUAAUAGUUCUCAGGUCACAUGGCAAGACAAUGUUGAUCUUGAUAACAUGACUUACGAGGAAUUACUUGACUUAGGUGAGGUAGUUGGAACUCAAAAUCGGGGUCUUUCACAGGAGCUUAUUAGUUUGCUUCCAACUUCAAAGUACAGAUUUAAAAACUUCUUCUCAACAAAGAAAUCUAGAGAGAGAUGUGUGAUUUGCCAGAUGAGGUACAAAAGAGGCAACCGGCAAAUAAAAUUGCCAUGCAAGCAUGUUUACCACAGGGAAUGCAUCACCAAAUGGCUUAGCAUUAACAAGAUAUGCCCAAUUUGCAACACAGAGGUAUUUGGUGAGGAAUCAAGGCAUUAAAGCAUCAACUGGCAAAAUUAAUGAUAUAGUCUAGAGUUCUCUAAUCCAUCAAUCAUUUCUUCCUCUUUUUUUUUUUUUUUUUGGUGGGGGGGG